UCAGCGGCCUGCUUCUAUUUAUGUGGGGGAUCCAACAUGGCGGCUGCGGCGACCCUGGCGAUGGCGGUGGAGCCCAUCAGAACGUAGUAGCGGGCAAGGGGACACGGUCCGCACUCACGGUGGCGUCCGCGGAGACCUCUGAGGGUGGUGGAGGGAAGAAAAGCGACGGAGAGCCGAAGGAAGGGCGGGCAGGCGCGCUGCGAGGCGUCAAGACGAGCGCCGGCUCAAGCGAGAGCGGAGGGCCAGAACAGUGGGGAUGGCGGAGCCGCGCAGAGUCGCGCUCAUUAGCCUGUCACCGGUGAGGCGGCGCGACGCCGACCUCCCGGGCUCCGAGCGCGAGAGCCCCCGGCCGGAGCCGCAGCCCUACCGCGAGCCGGCCCGGGCGGAGCCGGCCCCCCGCACGGACGCGCAGCCCAAGAAGCUCAUUCAUACAGAAGACCCAUUUAAUGAUGAGUAUAAAGAGAGGCAAGAAGUGGAAAUGUUGGCUAAGAAGUUUGAAAUGAAAUAUGGUGGGAAACCCCGUAAGCACCGGAAGGAUCGGCUACAAGAUUUAAUUGAUAUAGGCUUUGGCUAUGAUGAGACAGAUCCAUUUAUUGAUAACUCAGAGGCUUAUGAUGAAUUAGUUCCUGCUUCGCUAACAACAAAAUAUGGAGGCUUCUACAUCAACACUGGCACUCUGCAAUUUCGUCAAGCUUCAGAUACUGAAGAAGAUGAUAUUACAGAUAACCAGAAGCACAAGCCAUCGAAGGUUCCUAAAAUGAAAGAAGAUGAUACUGAGAUGAAGAAAAGGAAGAGGAAAGAGGAUGGGGAAAAAGAGAAGAAGCCAAGGAAAAAAGUACCCAAACAAAUGGGAGUUGUGGCUCUCAAUUCACACAAGUCUGAAAAAAAGAAGAAGCGUUAUAAAGAUUCUCUUUCUCUAGCUGCCAUGAUACGAAAAUUUCAAAAAGAGAAGGAUGCAUUAAAGAAGGAGUCUAACCCUAAAGUCCCUGUUACCUUAUCUGCUUCUCUGACUAAGCCCGCCUGUCCUGACACAGCUCUGGGGAAUGAUGUCCCGGACUUAAAUCUGAAUAGCCCUGAUCCAGACCUCCCCAUUUUUGUUAGCACAAAUGAGCAUGACCUAUUUCAGGAAGCUGAAAAUGCCCUAGAGAUACUAAAUGAUUUUGACUUUGACAAAUUAUUGGACGCUGCUUCUGAUGGUAGCCCCUUGUCUGAGUCAGGAGGAGAAAAUGGAAACACUGCCCAGCCAACCUUCACUUCUCAGGUUAUGCCCAAGGUGGUACCUACACUCCCGGAGGGUCUGCCUGCACUUCUUGAAAAACGCAUUGAGGACCUUCGUGUAGCUGCCAAACUUUUUGAUGAAGAAGGAAGGAAAAAAUUCUUUACACAGGAUAUGAAUAAUAUUCUUCUGGACAUUGAGUUACAGCUACAAGAACUAGGUCCUGUCAUUCGUAGUGGUGUUUACUCCCAUCUCGAAGCUUUUGUGCCAUGCAAUAAAGAAACACUGGUGAAGCGUCUGAAGAAGCUCCAUCUCAAUGUGCAGGAUGAUCGUUUAAAAGAACCUCUGCAAAAACUGAAACUGGCUGUUAGCAAUGUGAUGCCCGAACAGCUCUUUAAAUACCAGGAAGACUGUCAGGCUCGGAGUCAAGCUAAGUGUGCCAAGUUGCAAACAGAUGAAGAACGAGAGAAAAAUGGAUCUGAAGAUGAUGAUGAUGAAAAACCAGGGAAACGAGUCAUAGGCCCAAGAAAAAAAUUCCAUUGGGAUGAUACCAUUAGAACCUUGUUGUGUAACCUCGUUGAGAUCAAAUUGGGAUGCUAUGAGUUAGAGCCAAAUAAAAGUCAAUCUGCUGAGGAUUAUCUUAAAUCUUUUAUGGAGACAGAAGUGAAGCCAUUGUGGCCUAAGGGCUGGAUGCAGGCACGAAUGCUUUUUAAGGAAAGCCGAAGUGUACAUAACCAUCUUACUUCUGCUCCGGCAAAGAAAAAGGUGAUUCCUGCACCUAAGCCCAAAGUCAAGGAGGUGAUGUUAAAGACCCUUCCUCUCCAUUCUUUCCCCACUGUGCUGAAGGAGUGUAGUCCAAAAAAGGACCCCAAAGCUCCUGCGUCUGCAUCCUUGGUGGCUUCCACAAGCUCCAGCACACCUGUUGUGGCCUCAGCUAGCUCCAGCUCAACACCAGCUCAAGAAACCAUCUGCCUGGAUGACUCACUAGAUGAAGACCUCUCCUUCCACUCAUCUUCACUGGAUCUGGUCUCUGAAGCUUUAGCUGUCAUCAACAAUGGGAACAAGGGCCCCACAGUGGGUUCAAGGAUAAGUGUGCCAACUACAAAACCUCGUCCUGGACUGAGAGAAGAAAAACUAGCAAGUAUCAUGAGUAAACUGCCACUGGCUACUCCCAAAAAACUAGAUUCUACUCAGACCACACAUUCAUCAAGUCUUAUUGCUGGUCACACAGGGCCAGUACCAAAGAAACCCCAGGAUUUAGCUCAUACUGGCAUCUCUUCAGGCCUUAUCGCUGGUUCGUCAAUUCAGAACCCUAAAGUUUCCUUAGAACCUUUGCCAGCCAGGCUGCUCCAACAAGGACUGCAAAGGUCAAGCCAGAUACAUGCUUCUUCCUCUUCACAGACUCACAUCUCCUCUACCCAAGCCCAAGUUGCUGCCUCCUCUCAUGCUCUGGGAACAUCAGAGGCCCAAGAUGCUUCUUCAUUAACACAAAUAACAAAGGUGCACCAGCAUUCAGCUGUCCAACAGAACUAUGUGUCUCCAUUACAAGCAACCAUUAGUAAAUCGCAGACCAACCCAGUGGUGAAAUUAAGUAAUAACCCCCAGCUUUCCUGUUCAUCCCCACUACUCAAGACUUCAGAUAAGCCACUUAUGUAUCGCCUCCCCUUGUCUACCCCAUCACCUGGAAAUGGUUCUCAGGGGUCCCAUCCCCUGGUUUCUAGGACAGCACCAAGCACCACUACCUCCAGUAACUAUUUAGCCAAGGCUAUGGUAUCACAAAUCUCCACGCAGGGUUUCAAAUCUCCCUUCUCAAUUGCUGCAUCCCCUAAACUUGCCGCAUCUCCCAAACCUGCCACAUCUCCCAAACCUCUGCCCUCACCUAAGCCUUCUCCCUCACCCAAGCCCUCUCUGUCAGCUAAGCCUUCAGUAUCAACUAAACUUAUUUCUAAAUCCAACCCAGCACCCAAACCCAAUGUAUGCCCAAGUUCUUCCAGUCCAAAUGCACUAGUAGCCCAGAGUAGCCACUCCACUAGUAAUAGCCCAGUCCAUAAGCAGCCCGGUGGAAUGAACAUCAGCAGACAGUCUCCCACUCUGAAUUUGUUGCCCUCAAAUCGCACUUCUGGCCUUCCGUCUACAAAAGCUCUUCAGGCCCCUUCAAAACUAACAAACUCAUCAUCCCCUGGAACUGUUGGGAAGAACAGCUUGAGUGGAAUUGCAAUGAAUGUACCUGCCAGCAGGGGUAGCAACCUUAACUCAAAUGGAGCUAAUAGGACUAGUCUAUCUGGGGGAACAGGAGGUGGAACACAGGGUGCUACUAAACCAUUGUCUACUCCACAUAGACCAUCCUCUGCCUCAGGGUCUUCAGUGGUUACAGCCAGUGUGCAGUCCACAGCAGGAGCAUCAUUAUUGGCUAAUGCCUCACCUCUGACUCUCAUGACAUCACCUUUGUCUGUAACAAAUCAAAAUGUGACUCCUUUUGGGAUGCUGGGUGGCCUUGUUCCAGUGACCAUGCCCUUCCAGUUUCCCUUGGAGCUACUUGGCUUUGGAACGGACACAGCUGGAGUGACAACCACCUCAGGAUCUACCUCAGCAGCUUUCCAUCACAGCCUAACUCACAAUUUACUAAAGAGUUUACAGCCAGGAACUCAGCACGCAGCAACACUUUCCCACUCACCUCUGCCGACACAUUUACAGCAGACAUUUAAUGAUGGAGGCCAAAGUAAAGGGGACACUAAGUUACCACGGAAAUCUCAGUGACUUCCCAGCAAGCAGAGAGCUGAAUCAUUUGGCUGGCUGACAGGAUCUACCUGAUGGCAAAGUCCUCAUGUCCCAGGGCUGCUGUUUCUGUCGAUGUUUACAUUCUCGUCCAAGCACUGUGGUGAGGAAGAAAAGGAAAGAAAAUGUUACUUGAGCAAAGCCAGGUGCAGGAGGAAGAAAUGCUUUUGUGCAAAGUUAGUGACCUUUGGUCUCUUAAAGACAGAGUUACCAUGUUAACUGACUUGAAAGAGACUCAGCUGUCAAACCCACAGAAGUACAAAUUUGAUCAUCCCCUCCCUCCCCCCGAGUGGGGGAGAGAAAGUUGAGUGGAUUUGGGUAAUAGCCAUCCAUCCUGGGGGUUGGAUCUGAACACACUAGACAUAAUUGAAUAAUGAAAGCAACUAGAAGUAGAAUUAGUCCAGGUUACCAGGAGACAUGAUCAUGUCUUUGUAAGUGGACAGUGUAGCAGGUUUGAAUGACCCUGUCCAAACAGCAGCUGAAGAAUAUUGUACCCUCAGAUAUCCUGAGCAAACUUGAAUCUUCUCCAUUAUGUAGCAAUUCCCCAAGCAAAUCAGUGGACUAAAAAUGCUUCAGGAAAGCUAUUUUAGCACAGUGAUGUAUAUUACUAUAUCAUCUAGAUUUUUAAAAGUCAGAAAUCGAGCCUGUUGCUCUUAACAGACAAAAUUUGGGUAUCCCCUUUUUGUAAAAGGGUCAAUUUCAUCUUCCAUUCAGAAGUAGGUACUUAACUCUUUUCUUCAGGUGAUUUGUACAUCUGGUAUUGACUGGUUAAUAUUAUUUCUAGUCUUGAUGCUCAGUGUGACUCUGUUCACAUUCUUCUCUUGAGAAAUGGGAGUCUUUGUUGUUGGGCUGCUGCUUGCUGCUCUACACCCUUGCAGCCUACCAAGAAGAACUGAGAACGCCCAGUUCUCACCGCACAAUGAAUGCUCUUUCUGUUCUCUCAGCUAGUGGCACUUCAGGUGAUUAGAACUGUUUAUAGACACAGACAGAAGUGUGCACUCCAUCUGCUUCUUCAUGGGCAAUCCAAACAACAUAUAUACUUAAUGUUUUUUAAAAAACUUGAGGUGGUAUUUUUAAAGGGAUGAGUUACAUUAGGAAUACUAUGUACAAGGGAUUAUCUUUCAUAACAAUCACAUUGUAGUUUUACUCCCAAUAUCCAAUGCAGUAAAAAUGUUUGGAACAUUUGGAAUCUUAAAGUUUUACUAAUAUUUACUCAGAGUAUUGAUACUUGAGUAAACUCACAGUAAUUAAGACUCCUUAAUUACAGCCUCUGACUACAAAUAGAGGCAACAAAGGAUACUAAGGGGAAAAACUUACAGUUCUCUUUGGAUACAUUUUAUUUUAUUUUCCCUCAUCAUUCUGUUAUCUCUUGAAUUUCAAACUUCUGAGUAUUUUCAAACUAUAUCCAAGAAUGGUAUAAGCUUUAAAUGAUGUAACUUUAGUCUAGUUAUGAUGACAGACUAACCCCUCAAAAACAGCAUUAGACUGAUAAUACCAAGAUUUCUUUCAUGUUUUUAUUACAUAUCCCCCUGUACCAUUAAAUUUAUUCAAAUAAAAGUGUUAACCAGACCCCCUUUUCCUUUAAUAAUCAAAAGUCCCAAAUAGCCUACAGGACUAUAAAUAAGCAAGCACAGAUCUAUUCAGAUCUUUAUGCCUCUAUUUUGACUUCAAAGUCAUAUUGGCUUGCUUCAUAGCAAAAAAGUCAGUGAAUAACUGAAAACUUUAGUUCCAAGAACUUGUUACAGUAAGGAAAAAUGAUUAUUUCAGAACCAUUGAGGCGGGAUGUGAUGGGUCACGUGUGUAAUCCCAGCACUCAGGAGGCUCAAGCAGGAGGCCAGCCUGGAGUACAUACUGAGUCCCAGGCCAGUCUGGGCUGGGCUGACAGUGAUACCAUGUCUGAAACAAACAAAAAAAGGAAUCAUUGAUAGAAUUUCUUGACUCUAGGUAUUUAGUUUACCAAACAAAAACAAAAAACAAAUAUGGAUGCUAUAUGAGCCCUAGUAGAUAUAUUUUGGAAGAUACCAGGACAUUGCAGAGAGGUUUGACUUGGAUGUGCUAUGUUGAAUAAGGUUCAUUUGAAAUGUUUCUUAAUUAUGGAAGCUUACUCAGCUCUUGAUUUAUUCCAACACUGGGAACCUCUUAUUUUUGUAUCUUUGCUAAUACUACCUGGCUUGGCUGUGGUAGGCCUUUUUCUUUAAUUAUAGUUUCUUAAAUCCAUCAGUUCUGAACCAUGUUGUAUGAAGAUCCCUAAUGGUUCUUUGUCAUCAUUAGAAAACAAUAGGAUUAGUAAUUUUCUUCCCGUGUCAUCUUAAAAAAAACACCUAAGGCCCUUGGCUCUGAGAAUUUAAUACAGAGAUUAUAUUCUGCUCCCUUCAAUCUCAAUUCCUUAAGGACUGCUGUCAGAUCCCCACCUCAUCCCCUUCAUGUUAGACAAAAGAAUCAAAACCCUUCUUUCUAUAUGUAAAUACAAACAUUUCUUUUCUAGAUCAUAACAUUGAAAAUGGUGACCAUACUUUAUGGUCACCUGUCUUUACAGUUCUUAUUACUAAAAACAAGCAUAUAAGUUGAUUAUAUUUUAUCAGAGACUUGUGACUCAUACUGUAUUUUUGCACUUGAAAUCAAUUAUGUUAUUUUUAAAAUGGUAACUGGAAAGGAUAUCUGUAGAGCAAAGUGUAUCUUUAAAGAACAUUAGCAACAUCCAAAUGCAAAAGUAAUCAGCACACUUACUUAGAUCCCACUCAUCGGGAUUCUUGAUUCAGGAAGAUUAAGGUGUUUGUUUCCAACUGUCUUGUAUUUGAAAUUGCCUUCACUGAUAUAUAAGCUCUUACUGUACAUACAAGGUAAUCCUCAGUAUUCACAAGCAAUAAGGAUCAGCGGAACUGUCUUCAGAAAGCAGUGCUGGACCUCAGUUGGAGACUGUUUGGGAGCAAAGUGUCAAGCUCAUUCAGAGCCUCCAAAAUAAAUGCAAGCAAUAAUUUCUAUUAAAAUUACAUUUUUCCUCCUGUUUCUGAGAUCAGAGAGUAAUAAAUCAUGAUUUUAAAACAACCUGGAGAAAAGAUUUUGGGAAAAGUCAGGUUAAUCUGUAAUAAGAAAAUCCUAUUACUUUGAGGAGAUCAAGAUGAUUCUGUUAGUACAUUCUUUCAUACCCACCACCCCUAUGAUGGAUGUUGUUAACCCAAAUUACAUUGUUUUGUGUCAUAGACACUGAAAAAGGUUUAUUUGGAUCACCAGUGUUGGAGGAAGAACCAGGCACAUACAUGUUUGAAUACUGUGGGUUUGACACCUGUUUGAAAACAACUUAUUGAAACUGAUCUUUAACCCAGGAUAUUUUUUUCCAAAGCAGAUCAAAUUUUGUUUACUACACAGAGAUGGAAAGGGCAGGCACCUCUAGUCUUUCUCCUCUGGGUGCCCUCUCCCACAACCCUUUCCACCUCUACUUGGUUCAAGACUUUCUGAAAUGGAAAUUCUACUGUUAUUGCAACUGCCAUUGGUUCUGAGAACUCUGUCCUUCGGGUCGUCUCUAGAACUCCAGUUCCCCAUCAUACUUGCUGCUACAUUUGGAAAAUGAGCUUUGCCUAUAUUGGUUGACUUGACUCUACAGUUCUUAUUUCUAGGAGAUUCAUCAUAUAAUUUGACCCAUGUAUAGAACUAGGAUAGGAUACUUUAUUUUAGGAGUAUACCAUAAACGCACACUGGUCCCUGGAUUGUUAUUAUUAUCUAGGUUUUGAAUUUGUUUGCUUUGUUUGUUGUUUUUUGUUUUAGUUUUGCAAAUAGAAAAAUGAGACAAAUCUAUGAUCCAGGCCAAACUUGAGAACUUUCCCUGUGCUUCAGCACGGUAGUUUCUGCUGACUUCAGUUCUCUAAAGGGGCACUUUGGCUUUCUUUUGUGCAUGUAUGACUUUUUAUUUGUUUUUGCUUUGGGGUGCUUUUAGUUUUGUAAAAAUGAAGCAGAAGAAAAGUACAGUAGUAGAUAAAUGAUCACAAACAUGUUAUGCAAUUUUAUUUUAUAAAAUUUUAAGGGAAAAGUUUUAACUCCUUGUAAAUAAUUUCUUAGCUCUGGUAAAAUGCUUAUAUUACUCCUAAACCAUGCUCAAUUCAGGCCUUUGUCUUUGUUAAGUGCCUUUUCUUUCUUUCUUUUUCUCCUCUUUUGAAACUCUUUUCAGACAUCCUCAAGUACAGACUGAUAAGUCAGGGGAUUCAGGAGAAAGAAUCUCAGACUUGCCAACAUCAUGCCAUGCUGUAACACUCUUCCUUCUGUUUAUAUGUGUGGACACAAGUAUGAGAUACACACAAACGUGUGUAGAUAAAACUAGGCUCUGCUGUUCCACGGCACCUCUCUAAGCACCAACCUCUGAACAUUUGCAAAACUUCUGCCUUGUAUAUUCCAUUGCUUUUAGUUGACUCAAAUAGGCAAAUUGGGAAAUAGUCUUUUCACAUGAUUCUGUCUUCCCCUUUUGAAUAUCUGUAGAAAUUAAUAUAUAUAUCAUAACAUGAUAUAUGUUGGUUAUUAUAUAUAUCCACCAUGUGUUGGUUAUUACAAGUGUAAUAAACUUGCUGGAUUCAUUGACUAUUUCUGGAUGUAAUCCCCUGCUCUGACCCUGCAGAUAUGGCAGAGGUAGCAUAGGAGAAAGCAUCGGAAUAACAGUGUCUUUACGGGUCAAGCUGAUAUGUUCCCUAUAGCAGACAAGACUGAACACGUGGAGGCUCUAGCUAGAACCAUGAAUGCCAUCUAAAUACACUUUGAAGUUAAUGCCUGCGUCAAUAUUAAAAUAUAUUUUCUGGAAAAUGAUUUUUAAGAAAUCAUAUAGAUGCAUAUCUUUUAAAAUAUGAGUAUACUUUUAAAGUAUACUUAGAAAGACUUCAGAUACUGAGGAAACACUCAUAUAACCUGUGACAUACUUGAGAGGUUUUCAGUCUUUUUAUUUGCCAGGUAAUGACAUUUUCCUCUGAUUUUGUGAUUGUUUAUAUUUCUCCCUUGAGCAAAAUAACAUAACUUUCAGUAUCUAAGAUUCAUCUGCUUUUACUGAGAACAAAUAGAUGUGACACAUUAAGGGAACCAAUCCUCAAGAACAGUACAUCUACUAGAGGGUCCCCUUUUAAAUGAAAUUUUAAUUGGGAGAGGAAACUAGUGGCUGAAACAAGAGGCUCUUGGUAGCAAAGCUGGUGUCAGGCAGCUGGAAUUGAAUAGUGUUAACUCCUGAGCUUCUGUGUCUAGGGGGAUAUCAUUUAACCUUCGUGCCUCAGAUUACCCAUGAGACAAUUGGGUAUAAUAAUCACCUACCUCCCAGGGAUAUCAGAGACUUUACUAUUUCAAAAAUAUUUUGAGGUUUUCUAAAAUGCCCUAUAUAAAUAAGAUAGUAUUAUCAUCUUCCCGCAGAGGCUGGAAAAAUGUUUUCCUUAUGGAGGUUAUAACAAGCACCCUAUGAUUUUUAAGUUAAAAAAAAAAAAAAAACACUGGAAUUUUAAUUCAGAUGCAUACUUGGUAUUUAAGCAUAUCAUAUUUAUAGUGAGAUAAAAUGAUCAAAGCAAAAGGGGAUGACAUAAGUUUCUUAACUACAAACUGAUUUUUUUUUAGCCUUUUAUGAUAUUGCUUGUGUGAUGUCUAUGAAGGUUGUGGAACUAAAGGUAGAUAGUUUGGAUUAUUGAUUGUUGGAGUUAAGUGAUCCCGAAAGGUUAUAGCCUCCCUUUUCCAUCUUGUCAAUCUAACUUCUUUAUGGUACUUGCUUGAUGAUAGAUAACUGAACUUUUACCUCUCUCAGAGUAAGGCAGACAACUGCAUUCCAUUCCUGUAUCUGUCAGUUUAUCCAGCUCUGCACUAGAGGGGCAGGCAUUACACGUGGGCUGAGGAGUAUAUAUUCAGUCAGUCUACCUUUGUGCUUCGUGCUUCUUCAGCCCAUGAAAGAGGUGGAGCCAUCAGCUGCUCAGGUUGUAGGAAAAUGGGGAGAGGCAAGACAGCAUUCACAUUCUAGCUGGGACAGGGUAGAGAUGGUCAGGGUAGAGGGAAACAUGUUCCCAGGAGGAAAUUAAGAUCAUUUUAUCUCACCUUCCAUUCCUGUAUACUAAGUAAUAAUGCAUGAAAAUUUCCUUUAUUAAAGUAGUAGCAACAGGAAAAAUGGAUACUUCAUUUUUAGUUAGUGGCGAGAGAGAGUUUAAAUUAUAGCACAUAUUCAUGGUCAGGAAAGGAUGCAGGGGGUUGAGGAACAGUUAUCCAGCUCAAGUGAGUUAAGAGAAAGCACUAGGCCUACACAGUCAGAGCCUCUGGGUUACCCCAGAAUUGGUUCAGUCCUAGGGUUUCUUUGGUUCUUUUUUUCUUUCUAAAAUCACUUUAGGGAUUUUUGUUGUUGGUUUUUUGUUGUUGUUUUUUUUUCCCUCCUGCUCAACUAAGGCCUUAAGUUAGUAGCCUCUGAAAAUCAACUAUGCAGAUAAACAUACUCUUCAUUUUCCCUCUUUUUUUCAUCCUUCAAAUAACAAAUGUUAAGAUUUUUGACCCAAAGAAAUAAAACAUAAGGGUUUUGUUGAAUGUGUGUUUGUUUCCUCUGGGGACUAUAAGUAGAAGCUUAAAAUAGACAUAACUUUUGUGUUCAUCUGCCCUAAAAUGUGAACUUUAUAUUCAAAAGCUAACUGAAGAUCCUUUUACCCAUGCAGACUGUAGUUGAUGUCAUGGAAUGUUUGUGUUUUUAUAAUGAAGUCAUCCCAGUAUUCAAGUCUGAGAAGUUUUAGAUUCAGGUUGAUAGAGCUGAACAGAUGGAUUAGACUCAGAUUAAAACAGCUCUGACUGUUAAUGUUGGAUUCUUGCUGUUUUUCCUUUUGUCCUCAUCCUUUCCUUUGGUUUGAACUUGUAGCCAUGCAUGAGCCAGUUGUUCCACUAUAGCAUUAGCUGAUUGUUGUUAGAUCUGGGGAGGAAAGAGAGCACUUUGUCAUCAGAACCUCUUCCCACUCCCUUUGCCAUCUGUCCUGUCCCCAUCAAGCUCCUGUGGUGUAGGGGACAGUUCACAUCCAGCAGAGGAUACAGGCAGAUUUUCUUUAGAGUUUAGUAGAGACACCUUUGACUAGCCUAAGUCACACUUUUCUCACACACUCUCAAAAUACCAUUUGCUUUAAAGUAGCAAUCUAUGGUCUUUAAUUUCCUUAUAUUGUAAUGUUUUUACUUCUCAAUCUUUCCGAUGUAUUUCCAUUUAAGAGUAAGUUAGUGUUCAGACUUUGUACACUUUUUAUACUACUACCCAAACAGGUCAGUAAUACAGUUUGAGAUCUCAGUAGUGUAAGGAAGGAUGUCCACGUAGUCUAAGACUUCGUGUCAUCAGUGGUGAUCACUGGUGACUAGAAUUUUCACUUUUUAUUUGCAUUAAAAAGUAAAUUUUGUAGGCUGAGGGUAUAGCUCAGUGGCAGAGCUUUUGCUUGGCAUGUGCAAAGCCCUGGGGUCCAUACCCAGCAGUGCAAAACAACAACUAUAAAUCUUGUUUUAUAUUUUACAUUGUGUGGUAGUAUCAUAUUUCAUGGUUUCCUCCUGAAUGGUACUUCUCAAGAUUAUUCAGAAGAAAUACAGACCUUUGUUGGGGGCUUUUCUUUCUCCUAAUAGUCUGCUUUGCUUGUUUUCGUACUUCCCUAGAGCAAAGCUCCUUUGCAAAGGUCUGAGUCAAGCAGGCCACUGAAUCCUUAGUACCAAUGUUAUGUUCCUUGGAAACUAUAUAUUAUUUGCUCCCAUUUUGCUAUAAUAUAGUUCUGUUUUAUCCUAAGUCUGGUGUUUAGAUACUUGAUAGCGCACUAAUGGAAAUCUAAUUGAAAUACAAAUAAGAUGACUUACCCAAAAUAACUUGGAAAUACUAGAAGUUUUUGAAGUUAUCAGGUCUGUCUAUCUUCACAGUACAGCAAAAAGUGUCAACAACAAUCAAGACCAGCCCGUUGACAAGUUUCUCUGUGACAACCUGUGCUUAAAUGAUCACAUCUAUCUUGUGUUUUCUAUACUUACAACUAUAAACUUUCCUCCAUUUUUGCUUCUUUCUACUGUUUGCAGGGGUAGUAUGCCCUCUCUUGGAAAAUUGUGUUUUCUUUUCCCAUGCUGGCAAAAUAACUAAGGAUUCCCCUAAUUUAGGCUAGCAGCAUUAAAAGAAAAAUAAAUUCUUGUCAGUUGACAAAGGUAUUUCUAUUCAUAUAAUUAGAAAGUUAGCCAACUUUGUUCAGCUUUCUUCACAUUUUGACUCUGCCUGCAUGGUGGAUUAUAUUUACCUUCUAAUGUGUUGUGAUAAUCAGUGAUAAUCAGGGACCUUCCCUCAGGAGAGGUAGAUUCCCCUCCUACCCAGUUUCCUCUGGUGCAUGGCUAGCCUCUAGAGAAGAGCCAGGUUUUGCACUGACCUUUUGUCAACUGUCACUGAAAAAUUGUCUUAUUCUAAAAAUUAUCAGAAAUACUAAAUUGUUCUACAAAGAGAAUUCUUUGAGGCUUUCCCAUGGUUUUGCUUUUUUAAACACUAUCAAGCUAUAAAGAAGGGGAAAAUAAAUCCCUGGCUGGUGAAAAUUUUGUGCUUCAAAUAAUGGAUUAAAGUCUAACCAAGGUUACUAAGUGAUGGCUGUUUUCUCUCUUUAAUUAUGAGCAAGGUUUAUUUGUGGUUGUAAAAAUUAUCAAACUACAGACUGUUUGCUAUAACUGGGAAGCGUGCAUCUGAUUUUUUAGUCUGGAUAAGCACAUAUUUCCAACCCUUAGAGUAUGAGUUUAGAUAAGGGGAAGACCAAUAGCAGAAGGAAAAACUGAAUUAUAUUACACAGAGAAUAUCUGUUCUGCAAAGGCACUUCCCACCAGGCAAACAGUUCCUCUUUUACCACCUCUAACCCUCCACAGAUGCUACCCUGUUUGCAAGCAGGUCUCCAAGGAGCCUGAGGAGCUGAUGGUCCUGUAGGUGAAAGGCCCCAGUUACUGUGUUGCAUCUGCCUGUAGAAGGUGUGUUUUUGCUAACUUGAAGGAAUAUGAUGUAUUUCAACUAAGUAUAUGACAAUAUUUUGGGAUUUUUUUUUCCCCUCUCAAAACUGGACCUGAACACAAGCUUUGAGUUGAUAUUUGUAAUAAUCUCAGGACCUGAAAGAUUGUAGCAUUUAGUGUGUCUUAAAAAUUAUGUACUGUACCAGCCAUGGAGUUUUGUAAAUAUACUUGUCUCCCCUUUUUGUAUUAUUUUAGUAAAAAAAAGAAAAUAAUAAUAAAUUUAAAUAAAAGGGGGUGGUGAUGACAUUUGAAUGGUGUGUGUGUGUGUGUGUGUGUGUGUGUGUAUGUGUAUGUGUGUGUGAGGCUCUUCUGAGACAAACUGGUGCUUGUUUAAUUUCUAGCUCAGCUCAGAGCAGGAAUAUGGACAGACUGCUGCUAGUGACCCUGCACUGAGAGCACAGAGGCAUUUUCAUCCUGUCUUUCCCAGUGGUCCAUUAUGUGCUAGUUACCAGGAAAUAACCUAGGAGUUAAAUUCUUCCCACUGGCAUCUUACCUUUGCGUUUCUAAUUCUCAUGUCCUUUAAACUUUGAUGCUAAAGCCUUUGCUGGUUUCUGGUUUUUAGAGCUCUUAUAACUCCUAAGAAAAAAGGACAGGUAAAAAAUUUUAACAACUAAAGGCCUCAUAUAUUUCAUAAUACUCCAAUGAAUUUUGGCUAUGCGAGAGCAUAAACAUUCCUAAAUUUUGAUCUGUGAAUUUAGCAAAUUGAACCCAUGGAUUUACUCCUUCGGUGCAGGGAUUUUUGUUUAUCUUACUUUGCAACAGCCUUGCUCAUAUUCCAGGUGUGGCUGGAAAACCCAUUUUGAAGGAAGAGCCUUAUUUGAUUCAGAGUAGAUGUUUCCUGUCUAUCCUUUAUGACAGGGCAUUUUACAUUGAGUGUUUUUUUCUUUUUGUAUAUGUUAUGUGUUUGUUGUAUUAAAUAAAGAGGAAUGUAAAUAUGA